CUACUUCUUCAAUUUUUUAUCAUCAGUGUUGUAGACUAUUCAAUCGACAACAUCACUAGGGAGCAUGUACAAAAUCAUACUGAUUGUGUAUUUGUCAACCAUCAACUUGACAUCGGGAAGUAAAAAUAUUAGUGAGGUAAGACAGUAUCGGAAAUCUUCAGAGGAAGAUGGUAGAGUUGACACUAUUUGGAACGAGUUGCAAGGAAUAUGUCUACAUAGAAAUCUACCCAAGACUGUGCAAGAGAUGAAAAAGGAUUCACAAGUUUUGCUCAAAAAUAUGGCAAUAUACAAAGAUGUUGUUAAAACGAAUAAACAAUUGAAAAAUGAUAUCACAUGGAUCUUAGAAGAAACUCGAGGGGAAAAAAAAUUUUCAAGGAUAGUAAGUCUAUUGAAGAAUGAUUUCAAAGGAACAUGUGCAAAGCCUGCAAAAGAUUGUACUGAGCAUGAGAAGUACAACAAAAAAUCCGGCGUAUACAAUAUAUCUCCAGGAAAUUCGAAGUACCUAGAGGUUUACUGUGAUAUGACAACUGACGGAGGUGGUUGGUCGAUAAUCCAGAGACACUUUGAUGGAACUGUGGAUUUCCAACGAACGUGGGCAGAAUACGAAAAUGGGUUUGGGAAUGUUGAAGGUGAAUACUGGUUAGGAAACAAGCAUAUCCACCAUAUGACAUCUAGUGGUAAAUAUGAACUGAGGAUAGAUUUGACAGACAACGAAAAUGUGAAGAAAUAUGCUGCGUACAAACAAUUCAGUAUCGGAGAUGCAGCAUCGAAAUACAAACUAAGUGUUGGGAAAUACAGUGGAAAUGCCGGUGAUUCGAUGAAUUAUCAUAAUGGAAAACUGUUUUCUGCCACUGAUCAAGACAAUGAUCAGAAUAGUGGUGACUGUACCGAUGGUAGUGGGCCUUGGUGGCAUGGAAGUUGCGCCACGAGUGGACUCAACAGAAAGUUCAGCUCCAGCUUGUAUUGGAACUACUUACCUGGCCAAACUGCCAAAACAUCUGUUAUGAUGAUAAGAAGAAUAUAGAAAGUCUUUUAAUAAUAAAUGUUUAGCAAAUAAAUAAAUUACUGUU